UCUUAUAGUGAGGUUUUAAUCUGCAUGAUUACAUUUUUUAAUUUUGUAGCUCAUGCUCCCAUUUUACAUCCUCAACCACCUAUGAUAGUUCAUCAUCCACCUCAUCCCUUUAUACCAACAGUUCAACUGCAUCCAAUUGUGCCUCAUCCACCACCACCAGCGUACAUGCAAAUUUACUUUACUGAUUAAAUUAUAAACAUUUUUAGUCUAUAUUAUCCUGCAAUGCACCAACUAGGCUCACCACCAGUACCUUUGUCUCCAGACGACUUGGCUUAUGCCACUCAUCAUUAUCACCAGUAUCAACCAGGAUGGAACCAACAACUUUAUCACUAUUGGCAACAAAAUAAUCCGGUUCAAUCGUCAAUGCCAUAUCCGGAGUAUCUAUUUAGGUAG